AUCAAGUUGUUGUUUUCUUUCACUAAAAUGUGAAGAAAUUGCGUUUUGAAAGCAUGCGUCUGAGCGUUAUUUACAGCUAUGGUCUCUUAAAGACCUUUUCUUCUUUCUGAGAGAGUGAAACAUUCUGCCAUAGGAUCCAGUGCCAACUGAAGAGCAUCGGUGCCAGCUCCUUUUCAUUCUUCACAACAACCGAUGGCAUUAUUUAGUCUGCUGUGUUGCUAAAAACAGGCUCAUCGAUGCUCAAUGACACUCGGCUCACCAGAUCUAUGGGACCACGCAUAAGCAUUCUGACAUCAUACUCUCUCAGACACUCUUGAGUAGCAGAUGAGCAUUCUGUCACUUCAGACGGAAGGAGCUUCUGCUGAAGAUGAAAGCCUUCCAUGGGAAACAGGAUAAAUCCUACAUUCAGUAUCUUAUCCACACCCGUGAGGAGUGUCCUGUGAGAUCCUCUCAUCAUGGGGAUGCGAGGCCUGCUGCUGGCCUCUAUGGCAGUGGCUGUUUUAGUUCAUCUGUCUAGUGCUGGCCUGGUGAAAAGAGUAAUCAGACACAGAAGAGAAUCCCUCUCACCAACCACUGAGAACUUGACCCUGCCGAGCCCUGAUCAGCCUGUGGUCUUCAACCAUGUGUACAACAUCAACGUCCCCUCCGGGUCCCUGUGCUCUGUGGACAUGGAUUCACCCGGAACAACAGAAAUUAAGCCCAAGUCGGAGCAAUCUGACCAGCACAUAGAACACACCACAGACGGAGAGAAUCAGAUUGUUUUUACUCAUAGGAUUAAUAUUCCCAAGCAAGCUUGCGGUUGUGAUAACCACAUGCCGGAUAUGAAGGAGCUUCUGAAUAGGCUGGAAAUGCUGGAGGCAGAGGUUUCCAGUUUAAGAGAGCAGUGCACCAGUGGGGCCGGCUGCUGUUCUGCUCAGGUUACAGGUGAAGUCACAACCAAACCCUACUGCAGUGGCCGGGGCAACUACAGCACUGACACCUGCAGCUGUGUUUGUGAACCCGGGUGGAAGGGAGUCAACUGCUCUGAGCCAGAAUGCCCAAACUACUGCCAGGAUCAAGGGCGUUGUGAGGAUGGCAAGUGUGUCUGCUUCGAGGGCUUCGGUGGUGAGGAUUGUGGCAUCGAGCUGUGCCCUGUGGAUUGCGGUGAGAAUGGAGAGUGUAUCGACGGGGCUUGUAUCUGCGCUGAAGGCUUCAUUGGUGAGGAUUGUAGUUUAAGCAACUGCCCAAGCAACUGCCUCGGCAGGGGGCGCUGUGUGGAUGACGAAUGUGUAUGCGACGAGCCUUGGACAGGGUUUGACUGCUCCGAGCUUAUAUGUCCCAACGACUGCUUCGACCGAGGCCGCUGCGAGAAUGGAACCUGCUAUUGCGAUGAGGGCUUUACUGGGGAAGACUGCGGGGAGCUUACCUGCCCCCAAAACUGCAACCACCAUGGAAGGUGCGUCAAUGGCCAGUGCAUCUGCAAUAUUGGCUACAGUGGGGAAGACUGCUCCAAGCUAACAUGUCUCAAUGACUGCAGUGAGAGAGGUCACUGCUUUAAUGGCAAGUGUAUAUGUGACCCUGGAUUCGAGGGCGAGGACUGUAGCCUUCUCUCCUGCCCAGACAACUGCAAUGGCCGAGGACAUUGUGUCAACGGUGAGUGUAUUUGUGGUCCUGGAUAUGAAGGUGAUGACUGCUCGGAGCUUUCCUGUCUCAAUAACUGCCACGAUCGUGGUCGAUGUGUCAACGGGAAGUGCAUAUGCAAAGCAGGUUUUGCUGGAGAAGAUUGCAGCAUCAAGACCUGUCCUCAUGACUGCCAUGGACGUGGAGAGUGUGUAGAUGGCAAGUGUGUUUGCCAUGAUGGAUUUGCUGGAGAACACUGUGGCAUCAAGACCUGCCCCCAUCACUGCCAUGGACAUGGACAAUGUGUGGACGGCAAGUGCAUUUGCCACAAAGGCUUUGCUGGAGAAGACUGCAGUAUCAAAACCUGCCCUAAUCACUGCCAUGGACAGGGACAGUGUAUAGAUGGUAAAUGCAUUUGUCAUGACGGCUUUGCUGGAGAAGAUUGCAGCAUCAAAACCUGCCCUAAUCACUGCCAUGGACGUGGACGUUGCGUUGAUGGCAAAUGCAUUUGCCAUGAUGGUUUUGCUGGAGAAGACUGCAACAUCAAGACUUGUCCCAAUGACUGUCAUGAUCAUGGAGAGUGUGUGGAUGGCAAGUGCAUUUGCCAUGCUGGCUUCACAGGCCACGACUGCAGUGAGUUGACUUGCCCCAAUGACUGCCAUAACCGAGGACGUUGUGUAAAUGGGCAAUGUGUGUGUAACAUCGGGUUCACUGGGGAGGACUGUGGUACAAAGACAUGUCCCAACAACUGUCUGGACCGUGGCUUCUGCGAAGAUGGAAAGUGUGUCUGCUUUGAGGGCUACACCGGUGAGGAUUGCUCUGUACUGACCUGCCCUGCAGACUGCAAUGACCAAGGCCAGUGUCUGAAUGGAAUGUGCAUAUGUGAUCUGGGCUUUACUGGCGAUGACUGCUCUGAGAUCUCCCCACCCAGAGACCUUACUGUGACUGAGGUCGACCCAGAAACAGUGGACGUCGCCUGGGUUAAUGAGAUGCUUGUGACAGAGUAUCUUAUCACCUAUGUACCUACGGCUCCUGGAGGUUUGGAGAUGGAAAUGAGAGUAUCUGGUGAAAAGAAGACAGCUACUAUUAGGGAGCUAGAGCCUGGCAUAGAGUACCUAAUCAGUGUCUUUGCAGUUCUCAACAGCAAGAUGAGCGUCCCUGUCAGUGCCAGAAUAGCCACACAUCUUCCUGAACCUGAGGGCCUGAAAUUCAAAUCCGUGAAAGAGACUUCAGUGGAGGUUGAGUGGGACCCCUUGAACAUCCCGUUUGAUGGCUGGAAUCUGAUCUUCAGAAACACAAAAGAAGAAGAUGGAGAGAUUUUGAACUCACUUGCUCCUCCUGAGACCACCUUUGAGCAGUCUGGACUUGGACCUGGACAAGAGUAUGAAGUUAAGCUUGAAGUCGUAAAGAACAACACCCGUGGACCCCCAGCCAGCAAGAACGUUGUCACAAUGAUUGAUGCUCCUAGCCAGGUGGAUGUGCGUGACGUGACGGACACUACAGCCCUGGUCACGUGGCUUCAGCCUGUCGCUCAGGUGGACGGCAUCUCUGUUUCCUAUGGCCCAAACACAGACUCCUCCGACAGGAACACAAUUGAGCUUUCCUCCAUAGAAACCCAGUACCAUCUGGCUGAGCUGUCUCCUGACACUGAGUAUGAGGUCUCUCUUAUGGCCCGCCGGGGAGAGAUGAGCAGCUUCCCCAUCUAUGAGACCUUCACAACAGAUCUGGAUUCCCCAAAGCACCUCAAGGCAAUUGAGCAGACAGAUGAGAGCAUAACUCUGGAGUGGAGAAACAGCAGAGCCAACGUCCUCAAUUACCGUGUCAAAUACGGCCCACUUUCUGGAGGGGAGCAUGGAGAGCUGGUCUUCCCCAGCGGCCUGCAAGACACCACUCAGGCUAAGAUCACUGGCCUCAGGCCUGGGACUGAAUAUGGAAUGGGAGUGACUUCAAUCAAGGAAGAGCGUGAGAGUUUGCCUGCUACGACCAACGCUGUGACUGAUCUUGAUCCUCCCAAAGACCUUCAAGUAAGUGAGACCACAGAGACCACCCUGGCACUGGUUUGGAGAAGGCCGGUUGCUAAAAUCGACACCUAUAGUCUAGUGUUUAUACCUGCGGAUGGAGAUAAAACGGAACUGAAGAUACCUGGUGCUGCAAAUACCUACAUCCUGACUGGCCUGAACCCUGGCAUGCUGCACACCAUUACCCUGACCGCUGAGAGAGGAAGAAAGAUGAGUGCGCCAGCCACUCUAUCAGCAUCCACAGAUGAGGAGAAGCCUCAGGUGGGCAACAUCACCAUCUCUGAUGUGUCUUGGGACAGCUUCAGUAUGUCCUGGGAUCUGGACAGAGGAGAGGUUGAGGGAUUUCUGAUUGAAGUGUCUGACCCAGAUGGCUUAUCUGAUGGCCAGAACCACACACUGUCUGGCCAGGAGUUCAGCCUGGCUGUCACUGACCUCUCUCCUAGUACUUUCUACAGGGUCACACUGUACGGGCUGUACAAGGGAGAGCUCUUAGACCCUGUCUUUGCCGAAGCCAUCACAGGGCUUGGAACACCGAAGGGAAUACGCUUUUCUGAUGUGACCGAUACAUCAGCUACUGUUCACUGGACUAUGCCACAUACCCGUGUAGACAACUACAGGGUCAUCUAUGUGCCCAUUCAGGGUGGCAGUCCUCUGACACUGAGAGUGGAUGGAGGAGAGUCUCAAGCCAUGCUCUCCAAUCUGACCCCUGGUGUCACCUACCAGGUCACGGUCAUCGCUGUUAAGGGCUUGGAGGAGAGUGAACCCGGAUCUGAAAGGGUCACCACAGCUCUGGAUAAACCUCGAGGCCUGACAGCAGUGAACAUCAGCGACACUGAAGCCCUGCUGUUGUGGCAGCCGUCCAUCGCCACUGUAGACGGAUAUGUGAUCACAUACAGCGCAGACAGUGUGGCUCCGGUGAUGGAAAGGGUGUCUGGGAACACGGUGGAGUUUGAGAUGAGCUCCCUCACUCCUGCUACUUUAUACACUGUUAAAGUCUAUGCAUUCCGAGACACAGCCAAGAGUGCGGCAACCAGCACUGACUUCACUACAGAUGUUGAUGCCCCUCAGAAUCUGGCCGCCAGUAACAUUCAAACAGAGACCGCCAUGUUGACGUGGAAGCCGCCAAGAGCAGACAUCAGUGGGUACAUCCUUAGCUUUGAGUCCGCUGAUGGUGUAGUCAAGGAGGUGGUCCUCAGCCCCACAGCAACAUUUUACAGCAUGUCCCAGCUCACCGCCUCCACCGAGUACACAGUAAAACUGCAGGCCAUCGCUGGACCAAAGAGAAGCAGAGUCAUUUCUACAGUCUUCCUCACAAUUGGAGUGCUGUAUAAGCAUCCUAAAGACUGCUCGCAGGCUCUGCUGAAUGGAGACACCACCUCAGGCUUGUACACCAUUUACCUGCGUGGAGAUGAGAGUCAACCCCUACAGGUCUAUUGUGAUAUGACCACCGAUGGAGGCGGUUGGAUCGUGUUUGUGAGGCGGCAGAGUGGCAAAGUGGAGUUUUUCAGAAACUGGAAGAACUACACGGCAGGCUUCGGUGACCUGAAUGAUGAAUUCUGGCUUGGUCUAUCUAACCUCCAUAAAAUCACCUCCUUUGGGCAGUAUGAGCUGCGUGUGGACCUCAGAGAUAAGGGCGAGUCUGCAUACGCGCAAUAUGACAAGUUUUCAAUCUCUGAACCACGUGCUCGCUACAAAGUCCAUGUUGGAGGAUACAGUGGCACAGCAGGUGAUUCAAUGACAUAUCAUCACGGCCGUCCAUUCUCAACUUACGAUAAUGACAAUGAUAUAGCGGUCACCAACUGUGCUCUGUCAUAUAAGGGAGCUUUCUGGUAUAAAAACUGUCAUCGAGUAAAUAUAAUGGGCAGAUAUGGAGACAACAGCCACAGCAAGGGUGUAAACUGGUUCCACUGGAAGGGUCACGAGCACUCUGUUGAGUUUGCAGAGAUGAAGAUCAGACCUGCCAACUUCAGGAACUUUGAGGGAAGAAAAAAGCGAUCAUAAACCACUAUACUUCAGCUGGAUUCAACCAACCCAUUUGGCCCCAGUUCCUCCUGCAUCAUCUCAUCCCCUUCAUCUACCAAAGCCACUGCCAGGAGCCCGGCCUGCUCUCUACACUCGCCUGUUCAUGGAGAACAAAUUCAACAACAAAAGUUUUCACCCCACCUCCCAUUCAAAGCUAAAGUCCUAACACGGUCGUGUAUGUGUAUACACUUCUGUCCACAUCAAUCUGACAGUAAACCAAUAGACUCAUAGUGAAGUGGUAAACAUUACACACUGUGCCUGUUCAUCAUAAGCACACCAAAGACAGACCCUCCGAUAACAUAAAACACAAUGCAGACAGAGAGGAGAUUUUGAGUUUGGCUUGGUGCUUUCAAGUUUUAAAAAAUACUGAUAUUAUUCUUUGUAUCGCAUACAGUUACUGUGGAGAGAGUUGAAUGUUUGUGUGUGGUGUUUUUUUUUUUUUGCAUUAGAGCCUUAUCCUGAAUACGUUAUUUUCUCAGUUAGGUUGAGAAGUUUAAAAGCACAUGAUUAAAAAAAUCUAGUGGGGAGGCUCUCGGAUAUUUUAUUUGUUUUUACCUCUUUCUUGGCUGUCUGUGAUAAAUCGAAGUACCCAUCCUCUCUGUCUUCUCUCUCCGACAAAAUCUUGCAUUCUGCUGAUCAGUUUCCAGAACCGGAACCUUUACAGUACUGCGAAGUGUUCAUUUAUAUGCACCUUUUGUCGUGUUUCCU